CUUAACCCACUACCCAAACACACCGUAUACGCUUAUCUGACCUCCUCUGGUGCCACGGUAACUGUUUGGUCUCUUAGAUCACAACUUCUCUCACCCUCUGAAAGCUUUUACGCCAAGGGUAAAGGUGAUUAAAUCCUUGACGACUUCUUCAUACAAAGAUUUUACAGGAAUGAGAGUAUGCAAUGGAUGGCAUCGAUUUCUUUUAUGUAUUCCUCUCUUAUUAUUCUUUGCUCAUAUGUUGUCAGUUUUAGAGUUGCACCAAAACCCAUCUGCACAAGAGCUGCACAGAAAACAACCCAAAAAAUUUGGUCAUCUGGUUCUUGGACCUGCUGCUGGUGAAGGUUUGCAUGACCGUCUGCAAUGCCAAGGUGUCAAAGCUCUUAACAACACUCACUUUUCCUCUUACAAUUCCAACUUUGGGAGCCACAUUGCCUUCGUCACUGUAUUUGCCACCUUUAACCCCACUGUUGACAGGCAGGUCAAUGGUAGAUCAAGUGACUUGCUUACCGUUGGGAACACUUCAUACAACAAGCUGGAGAGGUCAAUGGCAAUUUUGAACGUCUUCAUUAAUUUCAUUCAGGUAACAAUGCCCCAAAGCAACAUUAUCAUUCUUACUGAUCCAGCAUCUGGGCUUCCGGUGCACAGAGAUAGGGUAACUUUAUAUCCCAUUCAAGGUGAAUAUUCACGAGAAAAAUUGAUGCUUCAAAGAAUCAGGUCUUACAUUGCCUUUCUAGAAACAAGGCCUGAGGAGCAUUCUCAGUGGCAGGGGCAAGUUUAUCAUUCCAUCUUUACUGAUUCAGACAUUGCCGUGGUUGAUGAUCUGGGACAAAUAUUCUCUUACUACCCAAAUUUUGAUGUGGCGCUGACCUUCCGCAACAACAAAGAACAACCACUGAAUUCAGGAUUUAUAGCAGUGAGGGGCACCCCUGAUGGAAUUCUAAGGGCAAAGGUUUUCUUAGAGGAAGUACUGAAGAUUUACAGUUCAAAAUACAUGAAAGCUUCCAGAAUGCUUGGAGAUCAAUUAGCACUUGUCUGGGUUGUGAAAUCUCACCCUUCAUUUGAUGCAAAAAGGUUUACUAGACGGCAAGCUUUUCUAGACGAUGUUGCUGGUGCCUCUGUGCUCUUCUUACCAUGUUUGAUGUACAACUGGACACCACCAGAAGGUGCAGGGCAAUUUCAUGGGAUGCCGUUGGAUGUUAAGGUUGUUCAUUUCAAGGGAUCAAGGAAACGUCUCAUGGUCGAGUCUUGGAACUUCUUGAGUUCCUCCUCCUCUUUUGACAUUUCGGAUAUGUUAUGCCUCAUUUUAAAGAGUGGAAGAACAAAGUAUGAUUUUUAAAUU